AAUGAUAAAAAAUAAAAAUUAUCAAAUUUGCUGGGGACUGGACACUGGACUUGAAGCGUUGACCAUUUUAAACAAUUUAUUUUAUAUUUUAAUUAAAACAAUUUUUGAGUAAUUCGAGUAUAAUAUGUGAUUAUUUCACUCGAUGGACUUGAAUAGGAUUUUUUAUCAUGUUGCGAUACGUUAAAUCGCAAGAGAAAAGCGACCGCUGAAUAUGAAUAUCAAGUAUUCUAGUAUACCUACCUACGAAAGGACGGUAGAUAUCAUCAAUUCUGUCAUGACAUCGCUCAACGCUCGAAAGUUUCAGAUGAAAUAUUCGCUGUUUGGAUUCGGGUGCGCUCUCGAAACAAAAUUUACAUUGUAAAUUCGAUAGCGAAUGACAAUUUCAUCGCAUGUGUCAGUAGAGUCAGUACAGAUACUUGACCAUAAUAUAAUGUGUGAUAAUUGCUUUCUCAACGUCGACUUGUUCCGUCAUAUCGAUGCAAACAUCGCAGAUAGAUGUAAACUCGAUGAAUUACAUUUGCGGAACGCUGGAAAUGGAUUGUGGGUUUGUGUACUAGUCCCUUUAGCUUUGCUCUCCGGUAUUCGUCAUUUCGCUGAAUGGUCAGAACUGUACACAACGGUUUCGUUGAUUGGUAUCGGCCUGCUGGUGAGCUCCUGCUGUGGUAUUCUACACAGAGAUUCGCGUUCGUUUGAUUCCGGUAGCGUGCCUUUUAUUCAGAUCGGAUACAUUUUAUCGUCAACGGUGGUAUCUUUAUUGCUAAUAUUCGUCAUCAAUCGAGGUGUAGUUUAUAGUUUAUCAAUAGCCCUUGCUACGUCAUUCGCGUACCACCCGAUACAUCAAACGUUAAUAAAAUGUUGCCCGAAAAGUUUCACUUGGGGAGAAGCUUCGUUGAUAGCUCAGUCAUUGGUACUCUAUUUGAGCUCGUUCGUCGUAAAGAUAUUCUUAUCGCUCGAACGUACGACUUCUAAAUCAUGCGGAGAUUCGGCAACCGUCGUAGUACAAAGCGGCUUCUUCGCUGUAUUAAUAACGCUCCUGUUGGUCCAUCAUUUUCGGAACCGCAUGAGUAACGUUUUCAUAUUCUCGGCUGCGUUGAUUACGUGCGCUGUAGUAUUCGUAGUUGCGCUCCCUCGUGUGAUAUUCAACGUUAAUUCCAUACUUUGGCUGUUCAAUUUGCUAUCAGAUCAAAACUCGAUGACGUUAAUUUUGCUUUGGUUACUUUGUUCGAUUGUCGCUGUGUUGUGCUUGUUAUGGCAAAUUCGUACUUCAGCACCGGUCACCACCGUAACAAGAAAGAGCUUCCAUUUACUAAUAUUCCUCGUAAUAGUACCGGGUACCGUUUGGUCACCUUGCCUGCUUUACACUGCCAGCAAUGCCGGAUUCGCUCUAAUGAUCAUUAUCGAAAUGUGUCGCAAAUUGAAUUUCUCCAGAUACGGCGAGUGGCUGCAAGAGUGCUUCGACACGUUCAAAGAUGAAAAAGACGAAGGAGAAUUGGCCCUUACCCCGCUGUACUUGAUGGUCGGAUGUUCGGCGCCCAUCUGGAUAUAUCCGUUAUCUUAUUCGGUUCCGGUGCCGCUUCCAGUGCUGGCUGGUAUCUUUCCGGUGGCUAUAGGAGAUGCUGCUGCUAGUGUGGGCGGUACCCUGCUCGGUAAACAUAAGUGGAAAGAUAGCAAUAAAACCGUCGAAGGUUCGGUGUUCUGUUUCGUGUCUCAAAUGAUCGUAUUCGGUUCAUUCGCUUUCUUUGGUAUCAUCGAAAUGUCGUACGUGUCAUGGGCCAGUGUAGUGUUCAUUAUGACGUCUGUGAUCGAAGCAAAAACUGAUCAAAUCGACAACGUAGUUUUACAUUUUAUUUAUGAUCGUUACGUAAUGCCCUACCUACUUUCGUUGUUUGUCAAUUUUUGUACCCGAUGAAUGAAUGAAAAAAAAAUCAUUCUUUUUUC